UGUUCUUUCAACAUUUCAGUGACGUUUGUGCAACGUGAUAUCAUGCGCUAGAAAUUUCUGUUUUAUAACAACUUCCGCUCCUUCCUUUUCGUAAAAUGAGCAAAGAAACGUUAUCAAAAGGUUUUUGGUAACGUUUCAUCGGUACACCGUUUGGACAAACUUAGGCUAAAUGGAGCAUGAUAACGGAGAUAAUCAUGACUGGCCGAUGCAAGGACGAGUAGAAGGUUUUGUGAACAAACAUAUGGCAGACAUUGCUCUGGAAACCCUCCAGCAGAGGUUGUCUGCUGUGUCCAAUGAGAUGAACAGUCUGGCUGAACAUGUCUCCAGACGCUCAGGGGAAGAGUUCAAAGACGAAGUACGACGCGGGGACGUGAUCUUCGGUGUGGAGCCGCCGCUCUCCUCCGCCUGUAGCUCCGGAGCCGUUGACAAGAUCAUUUCUGCCCCAUCCACAGAGACUGCUGCUCAGCGCAAGAUCAUCGCUCUACUGGUGGAGAUCAAAGAGGAGCAGCAAAGGCAGUGGGCAGUGCUGAGGGAUCUUCAGGCCCGACUGCAGGGUCAAACUGGCCACAAGGAUGAGGAUGUUGAGGCUCUGGACAUGGAUCUCCCCCUGAGGACCCUCGAGCAGCUGGAUGAGAUGGAGAGACAGCUGGUGGAUGCAGGAAUACAGAAGAGAAUGGUGUCUUACCUGUCACGGAUGGGUGGGGCUACAGUUGAUGAUGCAGUGAGACGUCUUAUGCAAGCUGUACUUUCAUUCGCUCUUGGUUCUGAGCUCAACUGGGUGGGCCGCGGACAGAAGAGAAGCUUCAGGAACACUCGCCUCCAAGGGGUCCUCUUCCGUGCUCUGAAACGAACACCAGUGGGUAAGGAGGCCACACAUCACCAGUACGCUGACGUGGUGAAAAAAUGGCUGCGAUUUGCCCCGUUCAGACAGGGAGGGACCGGCCGUCGCUGCUGCAAACCUCCUGUGGAGUUUCCAGAUUCUGAGGAAACAGACAGUUUUAACCAAAGCUGCACACACUGACAUUUAUCUCACUUAUUAGUUAUCCCAAGAUACCUAAACAUUCUGGCACAUAUAUUCAAAUGUAAAAAAAAAAAAAGAUUGCUGUUAUGAUAGCAAUAUUAUAAUUAUUUUUCUCUUAAAGACACAUGCACACUGUACAUUUUUGGUAUUUUUCUUCCUCCAAGGUGCAGAUAGUUCAAAUGUGUCAUUUAAAGAGUUGAAUGAGGAGGCAUUUCUCCUUUUCAGUGAGCUAUGUUAGAGAACGAAAACCUGGCAAUGGUGUGCCUUUCGGAACUUCACUUUUGAUAAGGAUGCAAUCUUUCUUUUUAAAAUAUUCGUCAGUGCACAUCAGUCUCAGCUGUUCAUAAAUGUAUAUAUAGUGUCUUGGAAUGAAACCUUCCACUGUAUGAAUUUUUCUCUAUGUUAAAACAUUGUUUCACCUCUUGAACGGCAACAAUAUUUUUCCCUUUUUAUUGACUAAUGCAGCUAUGUAACUCUACUGAGGGUUACUUAAACAAUAUGUGAGAAUUUGUACAGUGGAUGUUCACAAUUUAUACUGUAGGGGGUGAUGAAAUCAAAGCACUUGUCUCAACACACUGAAUCAUUUUUGAAAGUGGUUAAACUUUAAAGAAGAGGUUAUUUUCUGUCAUCCCUAUCAUCUCCUGCCUUAAAAUGGAACAGUAACAUCUAACAGUAUUUGCAAUUUUUCAGUAAAUUGAAUACUAUAUUGCCCGGAAAAAGCAUCUCCAUGACUUUUUCCACUUGUUCUUGUGUAGUUUGUAGUAUCAUUUAUUUAUUACAUUUAUUAUUAAAAUCGUUACACAAUGAAUAGCUAUAGCUGCAGAUUAUUUGUCAAUUUUACACCAAUUAAGCACACAUGAAACAACUAGCUUGUCAUAAGUGCUAAUUUUUGAGGCAUUAAUCACAGACAUGGUUUGUUUAACAGCUUUUAACAGUAACUUUAGUGGGUGACACACGGAUUAUAAGAAUUUAGUUGCUUUGGAAAACUGAUGUUGUAAGCACAAACAUGUUGGUUAUAGCCUUAUAGCAUGACCUUUCUUUAUUUAUACCAGAAAUACACAAGUUGAGUUGACUAGGCAGAAAAAAGACAUGCAGAAAACAUGCAGGAUUUGACCUAAUCUAUGAUUAAGUAAUCUGGUUUAUGGUCUAAAUUAAAAUGAUUUUGUCAGAUGUAGCCAGCAUAUAGACCAUGACAGUGAUACCUACAGUACAUCAGGGUAAACAGUGUUAAUACAAACUAGUCCAGAGUUACAAUUAUUUAAUUUUGACUGUAAUGUAGUUUUGUAAUUUUUUUAAUAAUGUAUGUUAAACCAUGUAAAAUGUGGUCUUUAUGAUGUGCUUCAGAUAGAAUAUUGUUACUUUUUAAUGUAUAUUGAUAAUUUUCAGGUGAUAAAUCAGUUUUGUUUUUAGCUCCAGUGAAAUUAUACACGAUUCUUAAUUUCAGCGUGAAGGAAACUCAAGUGGUUCUGUGUAAAUGUCUUUUCAAGUAUAAAUCAAGCUGAACUAAAUUAAAUUAGUCUCUGUGGGAUUUUAUUCUGAGUGUGGAAAGGGAUUCUAUUUCAACUAUAUAUAUAUAUAUAUAUUUUUCUUAGCCUAACUCACAACAAGAAAUAGCCAAUCAUUUCAUUAUUAUUUUUGCAUGACAAUUGGACACUCAAACAUUUGAGUUCAGACAAUAUUUACAUUCAUCAUCUUUGUGCUUCAUUUUUGUUACCCAGGUAGGAUGACAGACAUUAUGACAUGUUACAGCAGGAAAAUACACACUGUUAUGGCUUAGUGGGACACCUGAAGUGAAUUAUUGUGGCUUUGAUUGUAUCUCCUUUGUACCUCAAGUAACUAUGGACAAAAGUGAUCAUGAAAUAACUUCUGUUAUAAAUUGGUGCAACAUAAAUAAAAUUUCAUUGAUCUGAAGUGUUUGCCAAAUGAAAAAAUGUAAAUUAAUGGAGCCAUUGUUAAUGUUAUUAGUUACACUUGUGCUUUUCCUACUGUGAUAAGUCAAAUGUCUGCUGUGAAAAAGGCCUAUUCUAAUGUCCCAUAUAGUUAUCAAUAAAUGCCUCUGUAAAGACAUGA